AGCAACGAAAAUCACAGGGGAGAGAGAGGGUAGGAGGUAGGAGAUCUGCUCGAACAAGCAAACCUCACUGAACUCUCCUCUCCGAUUAGAUCGGACCUUAUCUUUUUGCAGAUUAGGGUUUCGUCUCCAUAAUUUCUCUGCAAUUGCCGGAAUUUUAAACAUUUUGGCUGCUACACGACAUUUGAUUGAUAUUUAAUCAUAUAACCUCAUGUAUUAUCAUUUUAUUUUGUAUAUCUCUUGAUCUGAAUUGUACUGUAAUAUCUAGGUUUUUGUUUUGGUCGAAUUUUGAAUGUUUAGGGUUAACUUUUGUGGAAUUUGUGAAAAUUGUGAAAGAAUUGGUGGAGGUUUGAGGUUGGGAUUGCCGGGGUUUGAAUGGCGUCGGCUCAGGUGUUGCCGCAGGCUAAUGCGUCGCGGAACAAAGUGCAUUUGGAAGCUGGAAAACGACGGCUAGAGGAGUUCCGAAAGAAGAAGAAAGCAGAUGACCUUGCCAAAAAGGCUGCAUCCACAGGUCAACUUAAUACUGCAGAAAUUGGUCUGCAUGAGAAGCAACCUUUAGAAAUUGAACGUGUGGCUGCGGACUCAAGUGGGGCUGGUACAUCUGAUGAAGUUGGUGGAGCUGUUAUUGAUCUGUCUGGUAUAGUUAUCAACAAUGACAACAAUAGAAUUGAGAUUGUCCAGGACAAUGAGCUAGUGCAGAAAAAGACAAAGGAUCAAGAACUUAACAGGUAUAAUGCACUGGAGUCUGCUGGACCACCGAAUGCUAAUUAUAGCCAUCAGACAAAUGAGAAGAAUGGUGACUACAACAUUUUUAGUGGAGCCUCAGGAAGACUUGCAUAUGAGGUUGCUACCGAUCAAUCUAUUGCGCUUCGGCCACUAGCCAUUCAAGAUAUUGAUAGCAAUUCCAGUCAAUCUAGUCACCAUGGGUUGAAGGAAGUCCAAUCAAAAGAUAAUGAUAGUCCAGUUACAAAUUCUGAGUCUUCCUAUGAAGUUGGACAAAACAUGCAGAAUGUUUUGAAGUCUAAUAAUACUAUGAUUUCUGAUACGGGGGAAAGAAAGCCUAGUAGCUCUAUUGGUGGUUUGCCCAUUGUGAACGAUACACCUCUAUGGCCAUCUGAAUCUCGAUCUACUGGUUUCAGUUUUGAUGUCAGAAGUUCAUCUAAUCAUGUACCACUAUAUCCAUCCACAGCUGAUACUAACACUAGGAGAACUCGUCCGUCUUUCCUUGAUUCUAUCAGCAUACCAAGAGUACCAUCUGCUUCGGAUCAGUCAUUUACCAAAACUGAAAGAAUGGAAUCUUUCUCAAAGUUGAGGACUCAAAAUGUAGAUGUUGAGCAUUCCAUGAAAUCUUCGACUUCUGCUGGUAAUGUGGAUGACCUUUACAGGCAUAGUGUCAAUGGAAACAGUGUGGAGUGGAAAAAUGAUUUUUAUUCGCAAAAACAGGAUGAAGACUUUGCUGCAUUGGAACAGCAUAUUGAAGAUUUGACGCAAGAAAAGUUCUCUUUGCAGCGAGCUCUUGAGGCUUCCCGAACUUUGGCGGAAUCUUUAGCUGCUGAAAAUUCAACACUAACAGAUAGUUAUAAUCAACAGGGCAGUGUUGUCAACCUGCUAAAAUCUGACAUGGAAAAGUUACAGGAGGAAAUUAAGGUCCAACUGGUGGAACUUGAGUCUUUGAAAAUUGAAUACUCAAAUGUACUCCUAGAAUGCAAUGCAGCUGAUGAACGCGCCAAGUUGUUGGCUUCUGAGGUUAUUGGUUUAGAAGAGAAGACACUCAGACUGAGGUCAAGUGAGCUAAAACUGGAGAGGCUACUGGAGAACUCACAAGCUGAAAUUUCUUCAUUUAAAAAGAAAAUGUCAAGCCUUGAAAAAGAUCGUCAAGAUUUGCAGUCAACUAUUGAGGCUUUACAAGAAGAAAAAAAACUCUUGCAAGAGAAGUUAUGGAAAGCGUCUGCAAAUGGGAAGUUCAUUGAUGUUAGCAAGAGUCGUCCUAGUAAGAAAGAUGUGUCAACUUCUACAGAGGAUCUAGGCCGUGGGGACAGCACAGAUGCUACACCAGACACCUCAUUUCAGGAAAUGCACAGUACUGCACCUCAUCUUGGAAGUAAUACCUCCAGCUCAUCCUUGUUGCCAGAGGAUAGGCAGUUCAUUCUUGAAGUUUCAUCUUGGAAUAUUCCUCAUGAUCAGAUGAGAAUGAUUCAGAACAUUAACACAUUAAUUUCUGAGUUAGCGUUGGAGAAAGAAGGAUUGAUGCAAGCCCUGUCAACUGAAUCAUCUCAAAGUUCUAAGCUGAAGGAAUUGAACAUGGAGUUAUCCCGAAAACUUGAAGCUCAAACACAAAAAUUAGAACUUUUGACUGCUCAAAGUAUGGCACAUGAGAGUGUCCCUGCAAGAAGACAGGAGGAUCCCCAGACCAUGCAUGACAACGCUGCUUAUGCAGAUGAAGGUGAUGAGGUGGUGGAAAGGGUGUUGGGAUGGAUAAUGAAGCUCUUUCCAGGAGGGCCAUCAAGGCGGCGAACCAGCAGGCUGCUUUGAUUUAUGAGUCGAAUAUUCAUCAACGGAAGCUCAUGUGCAGAUAUCUAUCUGCUCCUCACCCCCUCCACCCUUAUUCUUUGGUGGUAUAACAAAUGUAUAUUGCGAGUCAAUUGAUUUUUUAGAGAGAAAUUUUUGAGAGGCCUUUUGGUCAACUGGAAGGUGCGAUUGUCAUCUCUCAACAUAUCUGGCAAUAAAGAUGGACCCUUGGUGCUGUUAGUGGUUCAAGUUGGUCUAUCAAAUUUUAGCGGGAAAUUUAUUGCAAAUGAGUGAAAAGGAAAUUUACCUGUGUUUUUUGGUUUUUCUCUUCUUCAUAUCUGUUUGUGUUGAAGGACAUGGGCUUAAGCACAAUAUAUGAAAGAAAUUGUUUUCAUGUUU